AUGCUACUCUACUAUUUUGCGAGCGCUGUCAAGUCGAUACAGUUCCAUGUGGACGAUGACAUCAUCGACAAGCUCAACUACUACUACACUACUGCCAUCAUUACUGUGUUCGCCAUCCUUGUGUCAGCUAAGCAGUAUGUUGGUUUUCCAAUCCAAUGUUGGGUUCCGGCUACUUUUACCGAACCUAUGGAACAGUAUACGGAGAACUAUUGCUGGGUGCAGAACACCUACUUUCUGCCUUUACAUGACUAUAUACCGCAUAAUUAUGCGGAACGAGAAAAUCGACAAAUCGGGUAUUAUCAAUGGGUGCCAUUUGUAUUAGCCUUGGAAGCAUUAUUAUUUUACGUGCCAACCAUCGUGUGGAGGUUGUUGAGCUGGCAAUCAGGUACUAGCAUUAUCAGACUCUGCUAG